ACUACAUGUACAGAGCAUCUGGGCACGCGACUCUCCUUCAACUCAACAAAUAAACUACGUCUCCGAGUUAGGGCAGCAGGACCCCAUAUUUUAUGACAAUGUAUACCCUGCCUCCAAUUCCUCCGCAUCCGGUAAGUGUUCGCUUCCUGCCAAUAACAACUGCUUCUCUUCUGCACACCGGACAUCUUGCGCUUCAACUGAUCGACAAACGGUGUCUGAGAUAUUAAUACAUACUUCAGGACGGCAAUCUCUGGCCUUCCUACAGCGUGGACCCUUUCGAGCUCAGUAAUCGAGAAUGGUUCCAUGCAACAGGCUCCAAAGGCCGCACAAAUUAUGCUCACCACCACAACCACCAAGUCGUGUCCUACCGUCAAAUGCUCCGAGAUCUGGACCAGGACGAAAUGCAAGUGAAUAAGCACAAGAACAAUAUUCGCAAAUUUGGCGCCGGCUGGAUACGGCCUCCCGGCAUCACCAAGACGUAUAGGAAGAUUCUGGAGGAUGCCAAGAAGCAGGAAGAGGAAGAGGCCGCUGCACGACGCCAGCAGACCUUGAUGGACCUGGAAGCCGCGCAAGCAGAUGCGGCGAACCGCGAAGCAGCUGCCCAGGGCGGGCACGAUGAAGAGAUGAUGGAGGGCGCGGAGCGGGAUCUCGAUGAUGACGUGCCUGAAGCCGAGGAGGCUGAAGACAGUGACCUGUCGCCAAGUGAGGGUGGGACCGAAGCUGACGAAAGUGAGGAUAGCGCGUUGGACGGCACGCAGGCGGAUAUGACGUUUAACGAGGACAGCUUCAUUGAAGGGAGCGUUGUCGAGGCCGAGGUUGAGCAUAUGCUUGAGAGGGACGAAGCGGAGAUGGCGGGCGUACUACAGGAUGAGCGCGAUCUUGACGACGACAUUCCCGAAGCAGGCAGCUAUGAGCAUACAGAUACGGAGUUGGACGAUAGCUCUGAUGAGGAAGAGCAAAGCUUUGUAUCUUUCUCGAAUCCUGCAAGGCCGUCUUCCGUGAGGCGCAACUCGAGUACGACUGGGAGACGUAGCUCUGGCGUGACUGGGCGAAGAAGUUCUGGGAUGACUGGGAGGCGAAGCUCAGGUUUACCCCCUACCAUGCGGGAGGCAGGCGACCGUCCGGGAUCGGGCACUUUCAACAUUGAGUCGAACCGGAGCAGUUUUGGACUGGAGGGUAGCAGCUCGAUUUUGGACAACAGCUCGUUCCUUCGGAGCUCACCUGCCGCGCAAAGAGCCGCUUUGAGAAGUCGCUUUUUAGGAGCUCGUGCUCAAAGAGGAGGACGAAGGGAAUGAUUCUGCUACGGGUACUUAUGGGAAGGGGAAUCGUCGAUGAUUCUGUAAUCCAUUGAUAGACUGGGUGCUUUUUUACAAUCAACAAUAUAUCUUAAGGGGCAUAGAAACACAAUCUGUCUUCAAAG